AUUGUAGUUCUUCUACUGGCGGCAAUCGGCGGCAAUCGGUACCAUAGUGACAGCGUUAGUUCAGUCGAGGCUCUGUCAAUCAUGUAAACACAGCUGAGCAAAUGGUAGAAUGUAGACUCUGUGCCUUCAACACCUGAUCAGAACACUGUCGGUCCUUUCAGCCUGUCGCUGAGUGAAACAUGUCUGUUGUAAGUGUCCAGCUCGGUCAGUGCGGUAACCAGGUGGGUCACGAGCUGUUUGAUAUCAUCUGUAGUGAUGCACAGGAGGGACAGAGGAGGGGGUACAGCACAGCCAGCUGCGAGCGAUUCUUCUACCAAAACGCACAUGGAGAGCUUAUUGCUCGGGCUGUGCUUGUUGACAUGGAGCCCAAAGUUAUUAACCAGAGUAUCUGCAGAUCUGCAAAAUCUGGCAGGUGGAGGUAUGGAGAAACUUCACACUUUAGUCAGAAGCAGGGAUCUGGAAACAACUGGGCGAAUGGGUUCUGUGUCCACGGUCCUCGUCAUAGAGAUGUAGUGGAGGAGCUGGUGAGGCGAGAAGUGGAGCGCUGUGACAGAUUGGCUGGGCUAAUGGCCAUAAUGAGUGUAGCAGGGGGGACAGGAUCAGGGGUCGGUACCUAUGUAACUCGGUAUCUCAGAGACAUCUAUCCCAAGUCCUUCAUACUCAACCACCUCACUUGGCCUUACAACACAGGAGAGGUGAUCGUCCAGAAUUACAACUCAGUGCUUACACUCGCUCAUCUCUACCAGCUCUCUGAUGCCAUCUUUGUGCAUGAGAACGACACAGUGCACAGAAUCUGUAGUCAGAUGCUUAACAUUAAACAUAUCUCAUUCACUGAUGUCAAUCGGGUCAUUGCUCACCAGUUGGGCAGCGUUCUUCAGCCGGCUCUCACUGCUGACUCCCACGGAGUUUACAGCAGAAAUCCUCUAGGUGACUUGGUGAGCACCCUUGUGUGCCACCCAGAGUACAAGCUGCUCAGUCUGAGUACUAUCCCUCAGAUGCCUAGCUCUUCCAUAGCCUACAGCACGUUCAGCUGGCCAGGCCUGCUCAAGCACCUUCGACAGAUGCUUAUCUCCAACAGCAAAAUGGAAGAAGGUAUAGACUGGCAGAUGCAGCUACCAGCAGCAUCAGAGCAGACCAGGAGUCUCUUAGGACCACGCUUUAACACCUCUCUAGCUAACCUGCUCAUACUGAGGGGGAAAGAAGUGUACAGCGCAGAGACAGGUAGCUUUAAGGACCCAGCCCUAUACUCCUCCUGGCUCUCACCAGAUGAAGCUUUCAAUGUGUGGAAAUCCCCAGUGCCUUUUAAUAAGUAUGACAAAUCUGCUACCCUUGUCAGUAACAGCCAGGCUCUGCUCAGACCCUUGGAUAACAUGGUGGGAAAAGCAUGGAAUAUGUUUGCAUCAAGGGCCUACAUCCAUCAGUAUGUCAAAUUUGGUAUCUCAGAGGAGGACUUUCUCGACAGCUUCACAUCUCUUGAGCAGGUCAUCGCUAGCUACAAUGAAUUAUGCUAGCGAUGAAAAACUUUGUGACUUAAGGGGAAUACAUCCCUUCGCCUUUGGACUGUGUGUGAUCAAGAUAAAGCCAUUAGACAUGAAGAUACUGUUUUUUUAAAUAUUUAAAUGUAAAUAAAAAUAUAGUUUCUUGAACAGAA